UUACUCGCAAAUAUAUAUAACCAAAAAUAAAAAGUAAGAAACCAUCAUGUAAGAGAAGAAAAACCAUGGCACAUGGGUUAGGAACGGCUUCGUCUCCGGUGCAUGACUUGUAUAGAUCUUCCACCGUGAGAGACCUCCUUUUUUUUUUUUUUGCAAAAUGAAUAUGAGCCAUUGGAUUAAAUCCAAUCAUUGAGUAGAAAAAGAACAAAAAUGACACUUUUGUUAUUUCAUUCUUAAAUUAAGGGUAUUUUAGUAAAACUGUUAACCCAUUGUUUCCACCAUCUUUUUUCCGUUUUCUCUACCCAGUGUACCGUCUCUUCUCCCCCUCCAUUCACAUACCAGUCACCACCUCCACCAUCAUCCUCAUCUUUCUCAAGUAGUUUGGGGUUUGAGAGGAUAAAACUAUAUAUAGAAUUGAGUGGCAAGUGUAAGUUUUUUUACAAAAAAUGUAUGAUUCGAUUCACUAAAUGUCUGAUUUGAUUCAGACAUGUAGAAACAGACAAUCUGGAAGUAUGAAGAUUCAGACAUGUAGAGUUCUAGCAGGUAGAUAUGGGGAGGUAGGAGGUAUAAUCGCAGAGGAGGGGCGGUUUAAUUCUGUUUGGUGGAAUAAUUUAAUAAAUAUAAAAAAUGGGGUUGGUGUGGGAGGUGGGCGGUGGUUUGAUGAUAAUGUUGGGCGGGAGGUAGGCGACGGUGCUCAUACUUUAUUUUGGUGGGAUCCUUGGAUUGAUGGGUUAGUUUUGAAGAAUAGUUUUGGCCGCCUUUUUGAUCUUGCUAAUAAUAAAAUGGCAACGGUGGCUGAAAUGUAUUCGCUUGGGUGGGGAGAAGAGGGGGAAGUUUGGAAGUGGCGGCGUCGUUUGUUUGCUUGGGAGGAGGAGAAGGUGCUGGAGUGUUGUGAUAUUUUAACUAAUAUUGUUUUGCAGCCUAAUCAUUAUGACAGGUGGAUUUGGCACUUACAUGCUUCCAACAACUAUAACGUCACAAGUGCUUAUAACCAUCUGUUAACACUAAUCAGCAACAACUUGUCAGCAACUCACACGUCAGAAAUUUGGAACAAGGAAGUGCCCCUGAAAAUUAGUCUCUUUGCUUGGCGUCUGUUGCGGGAUAGAUUACCAACAACGGACAAUCUAAUUAAAAGACACAUUUUACUUCUAAAUGCUCAGUUAUGCGUGGGUGGAUGCGGCAUGAUGGGGGAUGCAAAACACUUAUUCCUCUCUUGUGAUUUUUUUGGUAAACUUUGGUAUGGUAUUUCUCAUUGGCUUAGUUGCCACAUAGUGUUUCCUGAACAUGUGCCAGACCAUUUGUAUCAAUUUGGCACCUUAGGAGGCUUCUCAAAAAACAAUCGCUCCGCUUUUCAUCUAAUAUGGUUAUCUUGUGUGUGGGUGAUUUGGCUUGAAAGGAAUGCUCGGGUUUUUCACCAAACAGAAGCUUCGAUUAAUCAAUUGCUAGAUAAAGUUAAGCUUCAAUCUUACUGGUGGCUGAAAGCUAAUCGUCCUAGUUUUGUUUUCUCCUACCAUUCUUGGUGGUUAAAUCCUUUACCUUGCUUGGGAAUUAUUAUGUAACAGGGUAGCUCUCUUUUUUGGUUUUUCCUGUUUUUGUUCCCCGGAUUUCUUUCAGCUGGGUUUUUAGCACUUCUUGUGCUGAAAUAUUCAUGCGUUCAGUAAUAUAUUCCAUUUUAGUUUCUUCAAAAAAAAAAGUCCAUAAUAAAACAGUGAUACGAAUCAAGGAAUAAUGAUUCAAUUCACAUAUGUUACGAUUCAAAAGAUCAUGAAUCGAAUCAGAGUAGAGAUAAUGAUUGAUACAGAUCAAUCAUAUGUGAAUCGAUUCAAACAUGUUCAAAAAGGUUUGCCACACAAAGAGGAAUAAAAAGCUCUA